UCUGUCCUGGAACAAUUGGGAGGAGAACCUAUACACAGCAGAGCAAUCAAAUCACCUGAAGCAAGACAAGGCAGUGGCUCGUAACUCACACCUGAUUUGCCUAACAAAUAAACUCCACAGCUGCUGGAUCAAGGCUCAGUCUCUGCACUGAAAGAAGAUGGCCUACACACAAAACAAGCUACUUUUUAACACCAUGUUUUGUGGCUUGCAAAUCUAUGUGCUCUGCCUAUUUUUAGGUAUUUCUUCUGCAUUAAACAUGACAAUUCCCUCAUACACAGUCAAUGGCAUUGAAGGACAGCCACUUAGACUUGAGGUUGCUUAUAAUUUCAACUUCGCCUUUUCUGACAUCCAGAUAAUAUGGCUCUUUGAAAAACCACCAACAAACCCUAAAUAUCUGCUUACUUCUGUCAAUCGAUCGGUUGUUCCAGACUUAGAAUAUAGACACAAAUUUACACUUUCACCUCCAAAUGCAUCUUUGCUGAUAAAUUCUUUACAUAGAAGUGAUGAAGGAAAUUAUAUUGUAAAAAUCAAUAUCCAUGGCAAUGGGACAAAAUCAGCAAUUGAGAAGAUUCAGGUUACUGUUAAUGUGCCUGUCACUAAGCCUGUCAUAUACAUGGAACCCUCAUUUGGAGUUGUAGAAAAAAAAGGAAACAUCACUUUGAAAUGUGUGGUGGAAGAAGGCACAAGGGUGGUUUACCAAUGGAUGAAAAAUGAAAAUCCAAUUGAAGACAGCAGCAAUGGCUCCAUGACUAUAAACAAAGAUACACUUUCCAUUGCCCCCGUUCUUAAAGAAGCUAUUGGGAAUUACAGCUGUUUAGUAACCAACCCUAUCAGUGCCAUGAUGAGUGAUAUGAUCACACCAACAAUAUAUUAUGGACCCUAUGGACUUACCAUAAAUAAUGCCAAAGGCCAGAAAGUAGGGAAAGUGUUUAUGCUUGAUAAAGGUGAUGCUGUUCAGCUGUACUGCUCAGCAGAUUCCAAUCCACCAAAUAUUUAUUCAUGGAUCCUGAAGGCAAACAACUCCAUACAUCCAGUACAAUAUGGAGAAUUUCUAGAAAUUGCAUCUGAGGAGGUGACACAGAGAACAGAAUACAUAUGCACUGCUUAUAACAACAUGACUGAAACCCAUGUUGAAACCCACAUCCUGGUGAUAGUAAUACCAAAAGGACUGGAGCAGAAAUGGAAAUAUUUGUCACCUCUAGCAAUAAUAACUGGAAUUUCAUUAUUUUUGAUAGUAUCAAUAUGUAUUUUUGCAAUAUGGAAACGAUUUCAGCCACAUAAAGUAAUACAGCAGAAAUUGAACAGAAAAGGCCCCAGGACUAAAGCACGUUACCGAAAAGGACAAACUGUUUCAGGACAUGAAAGUGCAACAAGAGAUUUUGGAGUAUACGAAUUUAUUACACUUCCAGAUACUGCAGAAAUCCCACCGGUACCAAGAUGGCGUGUUAUUGACUCUGAUGUUACUGACUCUGAUGUUGUGCAAAGUCAAGUUAUUAACGUUACAGUUUAUGAAGAUGUUCAUCCUGCUCCUGAACUAAAUGAAGAACAACAAGAUGAGACAUGAAAAGAAAAAUGGAAGCCAAAUUAUUACAUCUGUUUCCAUAGAGAACCAACAAUUGCCUGCAGGAAAAAAAAUUCUGACAUAUGAUACAAAUUUCACCUCAAUGUUAAAAAGCAAAAUGCUUUCUCAUGGACUGCAUUUCUGACAGAAAUGGCUUAUGGUUAUUAGUUAGACUAUAAAAGUUACCGCUCCAAAGCUACAGCAAAAUGUUAAAAUAUGAUAUGGUGUUCAAUUAUUUUAUUCUAGAAUGGGGGAUUGCCCAUUUUGCCUAACAAGGAUGGCAGUUUUGUUAUUUUUUUAAUGCAACAAAUGUGCCUUAUUAUUUUGCAUAAGCCUAUACUAUCUAAAAAGGAAAAACAGCAGAAUGUUAGCAAGUACAGUAGUACGAUAUUUUUUUUAAUAAAGACCAUUUUUUUAACACCAGCACCAACUAAAGAUUUAUCUUCAAUUAAAAUAAUAUCCAGAACUUCAACUGAUAUAGUUCAUAAUCUAAAUAGUAUACUUUUCUAUUUGUCGGCAUUUAAUGCACGGAGUAUAAAAUAUAAUACUAGCAGCAGUGACUAGAGUCAACAUAAAGUAUGAUGCGGAAAGUUAUUAUGAUCAUCAUUCUCCCUCAAUCCCAGCUAUCUAAAAUUCUAAUCAGCAGAAGGAAUAAGAGUGGAGGGAGGAGCUUUUUAAUUAAAUUCACUGUUAAUUGUCUUGGGAAUCUCAAGUCUGUUUGGGCUCUAAAUGAACACAAUGGAUCCACUUUUCAAAUAUCUGAUUCGUUUGCAUUCGUUUGUUUACUUAGAAACACUCAAUAUACUUUAAAAAUCAUUUCUUUCUAUACAACUGUCUUAAAAUGACUGUAUUUUGUGUGUGUGUGUGCGCGCGCGCGCGCGCACGCGCGUGUGUGUUUCCAACAUCUAUCUUUAUUUCAGGACUGCCCAAUAAAUGAAGACAAGUCACUGCUGUGUUUUGUGAAGUUAGGUUUAAACAAGGCUAACUUUCAAAAACCUUUUCAAUAUAUAUUUUUGUGCACGUCCUGCUCCAACACUCUGGAUCCUAGUGUUUUAGAUGUCAGUUUCUGAACACCAGGGUGGUAUCUGCAAUCAUGAAAGCACAUUCUGGGAACUUUCACAACCGCCAGCCUUAAUGGAGAACUUAACCAUCUCCACAAUGGCUUGUUAUGGUGGCCACGUCUAUCAGAAAGCAACCUGAACAAAAUAGUUCCUCCCAGUUCCAAACUAAAGUGGUGAGUUAUAGCCAGCCACUAUUCCUAAAAUAUCUAUGUUAUACCCAGAGUAUUUUUUGUAAAUAAAAAUAAGAGUGGAUAUUUUACUUGGAAGCAUGCUAGUUUCCAAUAAUAAUAAUGAAUAAAAUAUCCCUUUAAAAGCCAGGUAGUUCAGGAACCCUGCUGGGAAAAAGGGAAAUGAUUAUAUAGUCUCAUGCUGCCUAUUUCUUAACUUAGUGCCACCUUGAGCAUAAUUAAAAGAUAAUUUCAGUACAGAUUAUUAUGAUUAUGAUUAGAUCCAUUUUAUUUUACGUGUAUCAAAAAUAAAAUUCUUUAUCAGAGUCAAAGAAUUUGUCUCAAAUAAUGCCUAUAGACUAUAUACAUACAUAUAUUACAUAUUGUGUAACAAAUAAACACUCUGAUUGUUAAAGAGUAAAAAAAUGUGGAAAUAUGUCUUCAUGCAAAUAGGUUUCUCUGUAUUGUAAUAUAUAAUAUGAUUUAAUCAAAACCAAAGUAUUAUAGUUUUUAUUUAUAUCAUUGUCAGAUGGAUGAUGGAUUCAGUAUGUAUAUAUUUUGUUCAUUUGCUGAGUUAUAAAUUUAUGUUAUUCAUUUGUAAAGAUUUUGAAUAUAAAAAAUAAA